CAUUUUUACCUCCUCGCCUCACAUAUCUUACCCAACUUCACAACAUAUACAACCAUGCCUCGCAUCAAAGCCCCCUCAAACCUCCCAGAGCUUGUCAAAUCGACUUUCACAAAAGCUCGCUCAGAGGGUGAUUUGCAUUAUUUCCCCACUCAAGUUGCCAUCCUCAAUGUUGAUUCCAUCCCCUUCCAACUCCGCUUCUCGCCUUCCUUGGCAAACAAACCCAAGCCGCCGCCAAAGGACCUCACCAAACCCCAAAAGCCCUUUGACCCUUUUGAGAACCCACUUCCAUCUCUCAAGGUCACAGAUCUUGGCCCCUCCCACUAUCUCGUGCUGAACAAGUUUGCUGUUGUUCCCGAGCACUUCAUUCUUGCCACAACAGAGUUCAAGCCCCAAACUCAUGUCCUUGAAGAGUCUGACCUUGAGGCCACACUAGCCUGCAUUGAGGCAUAUGAAGCUGCUAGAAGAACCGAAGCAGAGCAAGGCCACCGCGAUGGCACACUCGGCGGCGGUGAUGGCCUCUUUGCUUUUUUCAACUGCGGUGAUCACUCUGGUGCCAGCCAACCUCAUCGUCACAUCCAACUCCUCCCCAUCGCCAGAAUGAAGGAUGGCUUCGAGGCUGACACACCUUGGACUGUUCUCGCCGAUCAGCUCAAAACCAAGAUCGCUCCCUUCGCUACCUUUACCGAAGACAUCAAGCUUGGCAUGUCUGGCGCAGACUUGCACUCCACUUAUCUCCGACUCUACCGCAAAGCCUGCCGGGCUGUUGCUGUUUACACCAAAGACCCACUUCAUGCUGAAGAAGCACCCGCCGAGGGUCCCACAAGAAUCAGUUAUAACAUGGCUAUGACCAAAGACACCCUUGUUGUUUGCCCCCGCCUGGCAGAGGGCGUGAAGCUCCAAAGCCAGGACGGUGAUGUGCUUGGUACCGUUGCCCUCAACGGCACCCUUCUUGCCGGUACAGCACUGGUCAAGAACGAGUUGGAGUGGGAAGCCCUCAAGAAAGAUCCCGAGACGCUACGCAACGUCCUACGAGACAUCGGAGUGCCAACCGCAUUUGAUACUGGCGGAGCGCUUCGCUUGUAGUUUUCCGACAACCCCCGGGGCCUGCAAAGCUGUACAGAGGGACACGCAGUGGAAGUCUGCAAGAACAGACAUUUGUGGGGGGCAAUGAUGAUUACGAGGAGCCACAGGAGGGGCCCGCCCAGAAUGACGACAGCAACACUAUGGAAGCGGCUCGUCGAAUCCUCAGAGGAAGACAAGCCAUUCCAUUUGGGCGGCCCCACAAGCUCUGGUAGUGCUUCGAGCGCCGUGGAAGAAUCGCCUGCUAAGACGCUAAGCCGAAGCCUAUUCCUGCCGGCAGAAGGCCGAGG